AUGGCGGACUCGCAGCGCCGGUUCUGCCACCCGCCGCCGCCGCCGCCCCCGGCACAUGGCUGCCGGCAGCCCGCGGCGGUGGAGCAGCUCGAGCAGGCGCCGGUGAAGCAGCUCCCGCGUUGGGAGCGCCUGCGCCUCGCUGUGGAGGCGCAGCAAACAGCGAAGGAGCAGUUCGACAAGCAGGUGACACCGCAGGUGGAAGCUCCAGUGGUCUCGCCCUUCUCCCCCCAGCUUGGGGUUUCCAGUUCGUCUCCCAUCCAGGCUGCUACGGAGGAGCCGGCUUUGCUUCCCAAGGCCAUGGAGGAGGACACGCUGGAUUAUUCGGUCGCGCAGGGCGCUACUACGAGCACUUCUACCCCAACGGCGCCCAGGAAGAGGCGCCGCAAGCACAUGCUGAACGACUACAAGAGCAUCCUCAAGCGCUUGAAGGAGGAGUCGCCGGCUGGCCAGGAGCCAGACAUGGCGUAUGUCGCAGCUAUGGCGAUGGGUUGGAUCGCGAAUCCCACGGACGCCACCUCGGAGGCGCUGAUCUUCUACAUUGGCGACGGGGAUUUUCCUGAUGCUGGUGGCGAAGGUGUAGCCCCCGACAUGUCAGCCCUCAGUGGCGGUGUCUCGCAGGAAGGCUCUGGCAUGUCAGCUGAUAGUGGCGGUGCCCUGGA